AUGUCUAAUACGGAAAUUGAAAACUCGAUAUCAGACCCAAAGAACACAUUGUCAAAAGAAAUCAAAAAUAAUGUACAAACAGUCAAAAAAAUAAGUGAUACAUCAAAAGUUUCAUCUCAGUCAGCCCAAUUCAAAUCAUUAUUUACGUGUGGUGUAACAAAAUUGAAAGAACUUCAAUAUGAUAUUGACAUUAAUUAUGCAAUUGGACUGUUAAAAAAAGAAGAUGGGAAUGUUAAUGUGUAUAAUCAUUUACAAGACAUUAUAGWUAAGAUAUUAUUAGAAAAACCUAAAAAUCCACUAGAACAUUUUGAAAAGUAUAGCAUGAUGUUGAAGCGUGCAUAUAUUUACAAAGAAGUCAAUUUUGAACGUGUCUUUGUUGAUAACAUAAACCGGAAUUAUUGCUUUAAGAGUUUACAAAUGUUUAAGUGUGCAUUGAAAAAACAACUUGAACAACAACAAAAAUAUAAUAAUAGUAAAAAAAAUAACAUUAAGUCAGAAAUUGAUCAACGUGAAGAGAAAAAAAGUAUGAAUGAUAACAAUGAUAUUGUGCAAGUUCAAAAUCUUUGUGAAGUGAAUUAUAUGUUUAACAAAGCUGGUUUUGGACUUCCAAUGGAUGAAGCAUCAUUAAUAUACCUAACCAUGAAUGAAAUGGCUCAAUUAAAGAAAUUUGAAAGCAUAAGAUUUUGGGGAAAAAUAUUUGGGAUAAAAAAAAUGUAUUAUGUAAUAGAAUGCAAAUGGUCAGACGUAGAAUUGGAGCGUAAACUAUUGACUGUAAACAGUGUAAGUCAUAACUCAAAAUCGUCAAACCAAAUAGAUAAUGAUGUCACUCAUAGUCAUUCACUUCAAAAAGAAACCAAAUUAAUAGAUACACAUAAUGCUUUAGAAACAGAAGAUGAAAUUGAAUCAUAUCUUGAUGGUGAAAUGGCAGAAAAUUCAAUCAAUCAUUACGAUUCGUGGAUUUCUUUAAAUGAUAGUGACAGCUGUUGCACAACAACACUGAGAUCCUCGUCAAAAACUCUGGUAUCACCUGAAUUGUUCGGAGUUGGUGCAAACAAAAAUGCAUAUUUUGUCACAAAUAAAUUAAAUACUAGAUGGAUUGAACUAGAAUCAGUUAAACCACAUCAUAUAGUUGAAGCAAGAAAAAUAAAACGAUAUUUCACCGGAAAAUUAAACUAUCCGAUAAACAGUUUUCCUAAGUUCAAUGGUUUAGAAAAUGAUUAUCUUAGAGCUCAAAUUGCAAGAAUAUCAUCAAGCACUCAAAUAUGUCCACGUGGAUAUUACAUUAUAGAUGAAAAAAAUAAAUCUUGGAGCGGAAUAUCAGACAAAAGAUCGACUAAUUCAUUAAUUACUACCCAAAAAAAAAAUGAAGAUCUUAUUUUCAACAAAAAUACCAAACCAAUUUCUAAUAAUAAUUUAAUGAAUGUAAAUUAUUGGGUGCAUAAGAAUCCAUACAUAGAUAUUAAUGGAGUUUCCUACAAAUUAGGUUUUUCUAAUCUGUCUGAUUCAAAAAAAAACGAAGAAAAUCUUGAAGAAUUUGAAGAAGAGGAAAAAUUGAGUUAUGUUGAACAUGUAUUAAAUUCUAAGGAUGAUUUGUUUGGAAACAUAGGAAAUGAUAUCUCUGUUGACAAUACAUCAGCAUGGAAAGGUGUUCUUUGCUCUCCGUUUAAUUCUCGUUACUCUCACACAAUAAUGAAAUCGCAUGUAUGGCCUGGAGCUUUUGCAGUUGCUUAUAAUCUCCAAACUGACUAUAUGUAUAUUGGAUGGGGUCAAAAGCAUGAUUCUAAAAUACUUUAUACAAUUUUAAUGGACGAAAUUAAAAUAGAAAAUCCAACUAAAGAUGAUAUCUUCACGGUGGAGUGUCAAGAAUACACUAAAAAACAGAAAAUGGAGAAUGAAAAACAUGGCUUACGUAAACAUAAAAAUAAAAAAAUUUUUCCACCACAAUUUAACCAAACAGCAUACAAAGGAGGCGAAAAAAUUAUUACAUAUUAUACUUAUGAGUAA